AUGUUCGAGUUCGGAACGCAAGCAGCGCCUCAACAAACCUUCUCGUCUCUCCGCUACCACCACCUCGCACCACCCGUCGUCCUGCUUUACCCUCGUACUGUGCAGAAUAUGCCCUCUCUUCCGGCCGCAGGCCCUGCCCCUAAUUACUCUGUCCACAUGGCCGGAUUUCUGUUCACGCGCGAGGCUGUGGCCCAACUAUGCAUCAAAGCCUACGCCAUGAACGAAACCUACGUGAGGCAUUUUGGUCCUCAAGACGCCGCCUUUCUCCACUUUCAAGCGGAGGGGCAUCUGGACAGUCCAAAGUUUGUCCGUAUCAAGGUCCGCACGGUCUCAGGCAAAACCGCCGACCGCUUCGUACUUGUCUGCCGCAUGGCAUACGUGAACCCUGGACUCAACGUCCCCGAUCUCACUUUCGACGCCCCCACACGCGCAUACGCAGACUACUGGUUCCCUCCGUCAAUCCGCGCUCUUGACGACUUCAAAGACGUCAAAUACGUCAAAACUCGGUUCCCGCAAGAUGAUCUACCUUCGAUCAGGUACAUCGAAACCAAACUCGAGCGUCGUCACGUCGCUCACAGGAACUGGCCAUUGGUGGCGUCGAUGAUGAAACGAGUCGAGACCGAACGCGAGGUGACCCGACCGUACUUGCCACCGCGGUUCCAACCCACGUUCGAGUUCGAAGCGUCCCACAUCCGGAUCUCUUCCUCGCAACCCAAUGUCGCCGCGAGCGCACUAGCACCCUAG